AACUGGACAGGUGGAGGAUGGAACAGCUGCGGUUUGGAGGUGUGAGCGGAUUAUAUAUUAUUUUUUAAAGUUCCUCGUGUGGUGACAAUGCAUCAGCUGACAACACGCUUCGUGACAGUUCGUGUAGCUGGCCUGAUCUGAGAAAGGUUCUUGCAUUCGUCCCAAGAGUGUACGAGUAGCCUUCUGGUAUUUCUGUGGAAUGAGAUGAGAUGAGGUCCUGGUAUAGCAAACUUUUCUUCAUCGCUAGUUUCGUAUUUGUGUUGAUGUUGACCUCCUGGCAGACAUCAUCAAAGUCAGAUAACUUGCCAGUGAAGCUGCAUGCAGUUUAUGAAAGGCUACUGCGGGCAGAGCAACGAGGGGAGGUCUUAUCACAAGAGCUGCUUAAAGUGCUUGGUCAACUUCAAAACCGCAGCAUUGCUGCAUCGAAUCUUACCAUCAGCAACUCCUCAGCUAUAUUAGAAGCGAGGGUCCUUCGGCACUUGUUGCCUUCGCAGCCUAAUGCCCACAUCUACUUGCCUCACCUGAAGGAGCAUGAGGACAGUCUGAAACCCAUCGUUCACCUGGGGCAGCGGCGCACUGGAGUGUCUCUGGUGUUAGGAGUGCCCACCGUGUACAGGCAAAAACAAAGUUAUCUAGUGAACACACUCCAGUCUCUGCUAUUUGACCUUUCACUUGCCGAGAGGAAAGAUAUUGUCAUUGUGGUCUUUGUUGCCGAGACAAAUGCAACAUUUGUGAAUGCUGUUGUACAGAGUGUUCGGACCAACCUCCCAGAUGCCGUCAGUUCUGGCAUGAUAGAGGUGAUCUCUCCGUCUCCUCACUAUUACCCAGACUUAAAUAACCUGAAGGAAACUUUUGGAGACCCCAAGGAGCGAGUCAGAUGGAGGACCAAGCAGAACCUUGACUACAGUUUCCUCAUGCUCUAUGCACAGCCUAAGGGCACAUACUAUGUCCAGCUUGAGGAUGAUAUUGUAGCAAAGCAAGGAUUCUUUGAGUCCAUGAAAAAAUAUAUAGAGCAGGUGCUUUCCGAGGAAUGGCUUUUCCUGGAAUUUUCCCAGCUGGGAUUCAUUGGAAAGCUUUUCCGUACAUCAGAUCUGCCAUUGAUUGUAGAGUUCUUCCUGAUGUUCCACAAAGACAAGCCAAUCGACUGGCUGCUCGAUCACAUCCUGUGGGUUAAAGUGUGUAACCCUGAGAAAGACUUAAAACACUGCAAUGAUGAGAAGGCCCGACUGAAGAGAACUUACAAACCCUCGCUGUUUCAGCAUGUCGGUUUGCAUUCCUCGCUGGCUGGUAAAAUUCAAAACCUAAAGGAUAAAGACUUUGGGAAUCAAGUGCUGUACAAAGGCCACAGUAAUCCGCCAGCAGAGCUCAAGAGCAGUCUGGAGAACUAUCAGUCUCACACUUUGGAGAGAGCUUACAAUGGAGAGGAUUUCUUUUGGGGCCUCACACCUAAAAGAGGAGAUUACAUCGUCAUUACAUUUAACACGGCUCAAACCGUCAAAGGGUAUUUUUUUCGAUCUGGCAAUAUUGAGACAAAUGGUGACAGGUUUUACCACACAACUGUGGAGGUGCUCCCUAACAAUAACUCCGUAAAAGAGAAGGUGACGCGAGGAGAAUUAGCCUGCUGUAAACCCUCAUCCGAUGGCUUUGUUCAAAUAGGUUCUUUCAAAAAUGGAGUGGCUGAGGGAGAAGUGGAUGGAGCAUUAGGAGAAAUAGCGGCCAUGCGACUCCUGGUUCACUCUGAUUCUGAUGUCUGGGUUCUUCUCAGUGAGAUCUUUAUUAAAGUUUGAUGAGCUGUGGAGAGAGGAGAAAUUCGAUCCUUAUGGUUACAUGUAAUACCUCCCGCUGUGGACAACAGUGCAUACUGCUGGCCUGGAAAGGAACUUCUCUAUUGCUGGGAUAACGACUGUCAUUGCGGUGUGCCAUCUUGAGGUGCAGCAGAAUACUGAAUUACAGGAUGUUUCCCUCAUCAGUGUGAGCAAACAAAAAUGUUUACAUCGUGGCCCAUGAAGGUUUUGUGUGAUUUAUUAAUUUAGUCUAAAUUAUUUUAUUUAAAUUAUUUUGUGUUGCAAAACUAACUCGAAGGGACCACACUUACAGCAUUUGAUCAUGUUUUAUAUUAUACCGAAUUACUGAAAAUAUUUGACUUCUUGUCAAAAGGUCAGUACAUGGCAAUAAUACAAACUGUUUACAACUUGUCAUGACAUUGUUGUGUUCUUUUUUUGCUCAUAUUGUAUUUUUUUUGUUUCUUCAUUACUAGCAUCACAAAGUGGAAUUGCUAAAUUAAUUUUAAAGUGAUAGUUCACCCAAAAAUGAAAAUUCUGUAAUUAAUUAUUCACCCUAAAGUCGUAUUUUAAUAACGUCCUUAUUACCUUUCUGGGCCUGGGAACAUUGCAGUUGCAUUGCUGCCUAUGCAGGGUCAGAAAGCUCUUGGAAUUCAUCAUAAAUAUCUUAAUUUGUGUUCUGAAGAUGAACAAAGGUCUUACAGGGUUGGAACGACAUGAGCAUGAGCAAUUAAUGACAGAAUUUUCUUUUUUGGGUGAACUAUUCAUUUAGUAAUAAAACAAAAACCAAUUAACCCUCCACGUCUUCCUUUGGUCACACACACAGAUAGUCCUGCUCAGUGCUACCAUAUUAGACUUGAUUACACUUUAAUUUUCACACAUUUAGGCCACGUUCACACAGCAGCAGAAUACGGUUGUCAAUGCCUUGUUCCAUUCAUGCAAUAAACGCAUGUCAACUGCUGCUCUGUGGGCUGACUAAUUUCAUGUGCAAUGCAGACAAAACUACAAUUUAAAUACAAAAAUAUAUAUAGAUUUUUCAAUUGUGAUAAAGCUACUUUCUACGACCUUUAUAUCCUCCACUCUAAAAAAAAAAAAAAAAAAAACAAGAA